GCUGCCUGGCCUGCUGUGCUUUUCCAGCAACAGACUGUCAACUGUGCAGGUUCAUUGCCUCGUCAGACAGCCAGGCAGGUUCACUCCCCGAUGACCUGCUCACUGCUUUGCCUCUCUUCCCCCAUUUUAAAGUGCCUUUGUUUUCAUCUCUUAUUUUUUCAAAGUUCCAAAACAAUGCAACAGCUUAUAAACAGUAAUUAGUGAUCCUAGAAUUUGUGGAAAUCAGCUCCCAUACUGGAAAAACUUCAAAGGUGGAGCAUCUCUUACAGCCACAACUUUUUUCCAUCCUCCAUCAGGGAUUAUCCAGAAUCCUUUUACAUUGAUUAUGUGGACCUCUUGAUUUUCCAGAAUAUUUUAUCAAUUGGAUAAUAGAAAGUUUACAGUAUUUGGCUCUUCCAGUACAUGCAAAUGAAAUUCACCACAAGUCCAAGUGAUAAUCUUAAACAAUUUUUGGUGUAAUUUGUUGUCUAAUAGCAAAAUUAUAUCUCAUGCUGGACAAUAAGUUCUAAGUUUUGCAGGCAAGGACUGGCAGAGAACAGACUGCAAGCACUCCCCUCUAGACCAUCAAAGGAAUGUGUUGUUUGAUGGUCAACCAGUCAUUAAAAUGUGGAGCAGACAUACCUGGCAUCAUACUGGCACUGAAACACAUGCCACAUUACUUACUUGUGUGCUUUGAAGAUUCUCCCAAAAUGUUACCAAAACACAUGUCCAUGUACACUAAACACAACAACGAACUGUGGAUGCUGAAGAUCUGAAACACAAACAGAAAUUGCUGGAGAAACUCAAAAGGUCUGGUGUCUGUACAAAAAUUAUUGGGGGUCAUGAGGUUAAACCUCAUUCUAAGCCAUACAUGGUUUCAAUCCAAAUGAACAAACGACACAUUUGUGGAGGAGCUUUGAUUGCAUCAAGUUGGAUACUGACUGCAGCACAUUGUAAAGAGGAGUGGAAGUAUGGGGACAUUCAAGUGAUACUGGGAGCUCAUUCACUUUCCAAGAGGCAAGAAGAGAAACAACAAGUACUGAAAGUGAAGAAAUGCUUCCCUUAUCCACAAUUUAAUUGGAACAGAAAAGAAAAUGACAUCAUGCUGAUUCAGUUGGCCAAUGAAGCUAUUAUGAGCAAGCAUGUGUCAAUCCUGAAGCUGCCAAAAUCACCAAAAGAUGUCAAAGCUGGAACCAAGUGCAUUGUUGCAGGAUGGGGAACAACUAAUCCUGAAAUCCAGAAUCCAUCUGAUACCCUGAGGGAAGUAACUUUAACUGUCAUUGCUAGGAAGCAAUGUCAAAAAUACUAUAACUAUGAUCCCUUUAUAACUAAGGACAUGUUAUGUGCUGGUGAUGUAAAAGCUAGAAAAGAUUCAUGUCAGGGAGACUCUGGUGGUCCACUCAUAUGCAAUGCCAGCAAGUUCAGGAAAAGAUAUGAAUACAGAGGCAUUGUUUCAGCAGGAGAUGGUUGUGCUAAACCUAAAAAACCUGGCAUUUAUACCCGUCUGUCUGAAAAAUUUCUGAAAUGGAUAAACAAGAUCACGAAAGUUAGAACUCACAAAUAAAACAAUAAAUUGCUCUUGAUGUGAAUGUUUCCCCUCCACUCAAGGUCUGAAUUUGUUUGAAUAAACUGUC